AUGUUAAGAUGCGUCCAUCCAGCCUCACGCGUGACGUUGAACUCCACGCCGCGGUCCGGGAGGACCGACCCAUGGAAGGCAGGAACCCGGGAAGCCGGCGCUGAUCUACCCGCCCGGCAGAGUCAUCCACCCCCAUCGACGCUGUUCGAUGUCAUGUGCUAUAGUAGUCACUUGCCCGAGCACUCAGUUACAGCUGCCCAGACUGCUAGAGUGGCCUCGCAGCGAUUCGCGCAGCAAGCUAAGUGUCGGUCACGUUGGUACAUUCGCGCCCUACGGCGCUUUCACCAUCGCCACGAUUUCCGACAAUUACUCCCGGAUUAUCAUCACUCGCUCAGCCGCCGAGAGCAUUAUCCAGAGAAACUCAAAGAUGCACCCACUCGUACUGCACCCUCGCCACUACAAGAUGGUGGAGUCGCACUCGUAGCGAUCAAGGAGCAGAGGGCUGGCGACAUCUCAAUCUCUACACACCGUAUGCUCGAAUCAGUAGUCAUCGAAGGUACAUCAACGACAGCCAACUGAUUGCUUGCCGAGUCAGAGCGGACGGAUACAACAAACCAAAACAUG